GCUGAGUCACACAUACAUCUGAUUCAGUCCUGUGCGAAAAAAGAGCGGCUACAGGCGACAAAUUGCCGUCAGAGCUCUCUCAUUUUUGACCCCAGCCGCCUCUAACACUGCACCGCAAGAUGCUGACGAUAACGCUGAAGACCCUCCAACAGCAGACAUUCAAAGUAGAAAUAGACCCAGAAUUGACGGUUGAAGCCCUGAAGGAGAAAAUCGAGAAGGACAGAGGGAAAGAUGCAUUUCCUGCUGCAGGACAAAAACUAAUCUAUGCAGGCAAAAUCCUAAACGAUGACACCGCGCUGAAAGAGUACAAAAUCGAUGAGAAAAACUUUGUGGUUGUCAUGGUUACCAAGCCUAAACCAGCCACACCUCCUCAAGCGGCCCCACAGCCAACACCACAACCGGCUGCAGCUGCAGCCCCCCCCUCAACACAAGGGCCCUCCAUGGCAGUGUCUGCACCCAAGCCCGCCCCACAGUCGGUCUCUUGCUCCGAACCCCCGCUCCCGGUCCCAGAUAACACCCCCCCAUCUUCUGUCGAAGCAACCGCAGCCCUCGACUCUAACACGACCCGAGACUCGGCCCCAGACUCGGCUUCAGCUGCCACUCCGGCCUCUGCCCCAGCCCCAGCUCCCGAGGCUGCCCAGACAGCCCCGGCCUCGGCCCCUGCGGACCCCCCCACCCCUACUACCCAGCCAGAAGAAAAGCCGAAGGAUGACCCCGAGAACGAGCCAUCCGACCUUUCAGAAGUCCUUUCCACUGCUGCCAGCCUCGUCGAUGAACUGGGUCUCCUUGAAGAAGCAGCGUCUAUACUGGUGACGGGUCCAGCCUAUGAGAACCUGGUUUCGGAGAUCAUGUCCAUGGGUUACGAGCGGGAGCAGGUAGUCGCCGCGCUCAGAGCCAGUUACAACAACCCAGACCGAGCAGUGGAGUAUCUGCUCACGGGUAUUCCAGCCGAGGCCAGUGAUCCACCACCUCAGGAGCCAGUUGGACCCAGUGCUCCAUCCAAUCCCCCCGCUCCUGCUACGCAAGAACCCCGACAGCCCCCAGCAGCCUCACACACAGGGCCAGCGUCCGGGAGCCUGCCUCCCUCUGCCGGUGGAGGCUCUCUCUCCACGGGGAACCCUCUGGAGUUCCUGAGGAACCAGCCUCAGUUCCAGCAGAUGAGACAGAUCAUCCAGCAGAACCCGGCCCUCCUACCGGCCCUUCUGCAGCAGCUAGGCAGAGACAACCCGCAGCUGCUGCAGCAAAUCACGCAGCACCAGGAGCGUUUUGUGCAGAUGCUGAAUGAGCCACGAGCUGGAGACACGGCAGGGGAGGAGGCCGAGGCCCAGGCCCAGGGGUCCCCACAGACCAACUACAUCCAGGUCACCCCCCAGGAGAAGGAGGCCAUUGAGAGGGUCAGUUACCUCCUUCUAUUUUGGUCAAAGUGUAUGGUGUGCAGUCACCGAGCUUCGUGAUGCAUAAGUGAACCGUCCCCUGGGUUUUAUUUGUUAAAAUGUGGUGUACUCCUAUAUCUUGUUGUGUCGUGUUUACAUGUUUGGAACUAGGUUGAUUUUUCUGAUGUUGCGCAACGCUAAUAACAGCAUCAACCAAUCACGUUGUGCGGAACAGACCUAUUCAAGACGUGCACUAUAGUGUACAAAACA